UAAUCUCUACGCUUUUCUCUCUGCAAUUACUCCUUGAGAGCUUCUCUCUCUAGAUCCUUGAGUAUUGCUGACUUGAGCGUCGGAGUGUUUUCCCCGAGGAAACAACCUCGGGAUUUUCAGGUGUGGAAGCAGCUAAGGACUUCAACAGUGUUGGAUUGUGAAGCUGCCGAAACAGUUGGCGCCGUCUGUGGGAAGCUCGAACAAGAAGUCGUGUGACUUAACCUGCUGAGAGACAAAAUGGUUCGUACCUUUAUAGGAGAUCGCCCUCCAAGAAAUGAAGUGGACGAACAGGAGGACAUACAAGUAUCUGAGCCUGGGUUGAAUGACUUUAGGCCAAUGCCUAGAAAUCUUUUUGUAGGGGGAGCCGAACAAGAUCACCUAAGUGACACGGAUGAUGAAAGAACACCAACGAGGUAUGCAACCCAACCUGAACAGUUCCAAGUUCCAACGGGAACAAGGCGAAGACCUUCUAGACCGCACAAUUCACAGCAUGAACGGCUUGAAAGAUCAACAGAACCUGCUCGGACAACCGAGCUCGAAGAGAGAACUAGAGUUCUCGAAAUGGCAAUGGUUGUUGCAACUGGAAACUCCCCUGCUCUGAGCAAUAUAGUAGUGCCGACCAGACCUAGGGGAAGUGGGAAAUUGAAUACCGAGCCCAGCUCGUCCAAAUAUAGUGAAGAAUUGAUGAGAAAGAACACGGACCUUGAAAGGCAACUGCGGGAUGUGCAGAAAUCCAUUGACGAGCUGAAAAGCCCCAGGUCGCACCAACAGACCUUGGAUCUGGAUAGUGCUCCGCUGAACCUAUCCAUCACAGCGGAACCAUAUCAAGAGGGAUUCAAAAUUCCCCACCUAGAGACAUAUGAUGGCACGAAAGACCCGGAUGAACAUCUACACACCUAUCAAGCCAUCAUGAGGAUUCAAAACGCCAAUGAUGCUAUGAUGUGCAAGGUGUUCCCGGCGACACUGAAAUCAACAGCCAGAAGAUGGUAUCACAAACUCCCCAGACAUUCAAUAGAUUCAUUUUCCCAGCUCGCCAAGCUGUUCUCAAACAAAUUUGCGAGCCAAAGGGAGAUCAAGCGUACAGCAACCGAGAUGAUGCAGGUUAACCAGAAGGAAGGGGAGUCUUUGAGGGAUUACAUGCAGCGGUUCAACAAAGCCACUUUGGACAUUGAUAAUGUCCCAGACACGAUCUGCCUGUCCGCCCUGUUGCAUGGGUUGAAGCGUGGCCGGUUCCUAGACGACCUGCUUGAAAACCCACCGAAGACGUGGAACGAGGUGAAUGACAGGUCGGCCAGCUUUAUACUGUCAGAGGACUUUCAAUCGUCCAAGCAACGAGCCGAUGAUAAGCCGAGCAGAGGCCAUGAACAGCAACCGCGAAGAGAAGAAAAGAAGAAGCAGAAGGUCGGUGAGCAAUGGGGGAAACCAGUUGAGUUUCCGAAAUAUGCCAGUUACAUUCCUUUGACCUUACCUAGGUCUCAAAUCCUGGCACAAAUUCAGCACUGGGUUCGGAGACCUCCACCCCCACUACAUGAUUCCCCGAGGGCAGAUAAGAGCAAGCAUUGCGACUACCACCGUGUAUAUGGUCACAAUACAGAGGACUGCCAACACUUGAAGGACGAGUUAGAGUUUUUGGCUCGCAACGGGAAGCUAGAAGGGUAUGUUCAGAAGUCUCACACCCAGCAACCCACUCAAACUCACUUUGUACAGGCGUACGACCGGCCUCAAGGACAGAGGUACCAGCAUGGAGGGACACAGGACGCAUAUCAGGAUAACCAGUACCCUUCUGAACAGGGCAGAGCAUACCGAGGACGUCCUUUCAACAGGAGAGGGCAGGGACUGAGAACUACCGCCCCGAAUCAAAAAGACAGGAAAGGGGUAGGUUAUGCUGGGAUACCACCACCUUCUGGUACAAUAAACAUGAUAUCGGGUGGUGUUCACUCAGGGGGCCAGAGCGCCCGAGCUCGCAAGGCAUAUGCCCGACAGGUGAUGACCGUCAACAAAAGUAGACCCUUAAAAUGGCCGUUUGAGGAAGCAGAAUGGGAAAACAUGCCCAUAACAUUCAGCCCGACAAAUUACAAGCGAACAGAAGGAGAGCCCGACAUUAUGAUGCCCCAUGCAGAUCCCUUUGUGGCAACAGUUCAUAUAGGCAAUCAUAAUGUCAAUAAGGUGUUUAUUGACACUGGCAGUUCACCAGAUAUCCUAUACUGGGGUUGCUUCCAGAAGAUGCAGCUAAAUCCGAGCUCGCUGCAGAAACACGAAGGGUCAAUAUACGGGUUUAAUAACCAGCCCGUCCCAGUUGAGGGAGUUAUUACUCUUCCUAUAUAUGUGGGCUCAGAACCGCGCUUUAGGAUGGCUUCUAUCACCUUCCUGGUCGUUAAGAUGGAAUCAGCUUUCAAUGCUAUAUUAGGAAGAGCCACCUUGUGCGAGCUGAAGGCUGUUAUCUCACAGCCCCACCUCUGUAUGAAGUUCCCGACUCCUCAGGGGGUAGGAGUGCUGAGGGGAAAUCAAAAGAUGGCUAGAGCCUGUUAUCAAGACACGUUCAAGAAGGUCGAGCUCGCCGCAGCCCCGGCGAGUGUUGAAGGUCGAAAGCCAACCCAGCUCGGUCAACAGACAAUGAGUAUAUCCGACAUUGAGCAUCGACCUGAGGGUGUUGAGCAGAAGGCAGAGCCAGUAGAGCCAGUCGAAACGGUGCCUUUGAACCCGGGUGUGCCGGAAAGGACAGUGAAGAUCGGCACUAAACUUACAGGCGAAGAGCGGGCAGAACUUCUGGAAUUCCUAAGGAAUAAUCAGGAUGUGUUCGCGUGGACUACGGACGAGAUGCCCGGCAUUCCGGCAGAGUUGACAGUCCACAAGCUCAGCACAGACCCCACCAAAAGGCCAGUGGUUCAAAAACGACACCUUUUUGGCCCCGAGAAGCAAGCUGCCAUUGACGAGGAGAUACAAAAGUUGCUACAAGCAGGCUUCAUUAGAAGAGUGGAGUACUCUGAAUGGGUGUCCAACCCUGUGCUCGUCAAAAAACCAAAUGGCAAGUGGAGGAUGUGCAUUGAUUUUACCAACCUCAAUGACGCAUGCCCAAAAGACCCUCAUCCCUUGCCAAAUGUCGAAAAGUUAGUAGAGCGGGCAGCAGGACACGAACGGAUGAGCUUCCUUGACGCUAGUUCGGGUUAUCAUCAGGUCCAGCUGUUGCUAGACGACCAGGAGAAAACAGCUUUUUACGCUGGUGAUGCAAUCUACUGCUACGUCAUGAUGCCGUUUGGCUUAAAAAAUGCUGGAGCAACAUACCAGAAGCUGGUGCAAAUCAUCUUUAAGCUCCAGAUCGGCAGGAACAUAGAAGUGUAUGUAGAUGAUAUGAUAUUCACCAGCGUGCGAGCUGAGGAUCACAUGGAUGACUUGGAUGAAACAUUUCAAAAUUUGCGUCGAGCUCAAAUGAAACUGAAUCCCUUGAAAUGCACAUUUGCUGUGGAAUCAGGAAAAUUCCUAGGGUACGUGGUAUCCAAGAAAGGAAUCGAAGUAAACCCAGAGAAGGUUGAGGCCGUUCAGCAGAUGGAGCCGCCAAGGACUGUCAAAGACGUGCAGCGUUUGACGGGCCGUGUUGCUGCACUGCACAGGUUUAUAGCCAGGUCGGCAGAAAGAUGCCUCCCGUUCUUCAAGGCCCUGCGAGAGCCCAAGAACUUUCAAUGGACCGAUCCGUAUCAGCAGGCCUUUGACGAGCUCAAACGAUAUUUGGCAUCAGCGCCCCUGCUGUCCAAGCCUGUGGAGGGGGAGAGCUUGUAUCUGUAUUUAGCGGUUACAGCAGAGGCGAUUAGCUCGGUCUUACUCAGGGAAGAGAAUAAGAAUCAGAAGCCUAUCUGUUAUGUGAGCAAAGUCUUACAAGGCGCCGAACAGAAUUACCCACUGGCAGAAAAGGCCGCUUUCGCCCUAGUUUACACAGCUCGUAAGUUGAGAGCUUACUUCCAAUCACAUCAGAUUAUCGUCUAUACCGAUUUUCCGUUGAGAAAAAUACUGCAGAAACCUGAGCUCUCUGGUCGGCUUAUUGGGUGGAGUGUCGAGCUGAGUGAAUACGAUCUCAAAUUUCAGCCUCGCACAACCAUAAAAGGCCAGGCCAUUGCAGACUUUCUGGUGGAAUGUAUCUCGGCGACGGAGGGAGACAAGCCAUUUGAUUACCCACCCUGGGUUCUGUAUGUUGAUGGAGCUGCUAACAUCGAAGGGUCAGGUGCUGGGGCUGUGCUGAUAGGCCCAGAGGGCUUUAAAUCUGAGCAUGCAUUGCGGUUUAAGUUUCAGACCACUAAUAAUGCUGCUGAAUAUGAAGCCCUCAUUUAUGGUCUGAAGCUAGCGUCCGAGCUGAAGGUACAGAGCAUCCAAGUUUUCAGUGACAGUCAGCUCGUGGUGGGCCAGGUAAAUGGCAGCUGUGAAGUGAGGGAUCCCCAGCUCUGCCGUUAUACCUCUGUGGUUAACAAAUUGAAGUCAGGCUUUGUCUCCUUCCAGAUCGACAAAAUACCAAGAGCAGACAACCACCGAGCUGACGAGCUGUCAAAAUUGGCCUCCUUGCAGGACUUUACCCCUCAGAGGUCAACUGUCGUCGAAGUGCUGGACGCUCCGAGCUACACUGAUUUCACGGUCGAGUGUCAGCUACUAAGCACAGAUCCCUCCACGCCGAGCUGGACUACCCCACUCAUAAAUUAUCUACAAAGUGGCGAGCUACCCGAAGAUCUAUCUGCUGCGAAAUUGAUUAAGCGAAAGGUAGCACAUUUCACUUUGUUGGACAAUCAGCUCUACAAACGGGCAGCCUCAAUGCCCCUAUUACGUUGCCUUACUCCUUACGAAGCUGAAUACGCCGUGAGAGAAGUUCACAAGGGAGUAUGUGGCACGCACAUCGGUGGCAGAACUUUAGCUCGGAAGCUCCUAAGGCAUGGUUAUUACUGGCCCACUAUGGUCGAGGACGCGCAGAACUACGUCAAAAAGUGCCCGACCUGCCAGUUCAAUGCUGAUGAUAUUCACAUGCCAGGGGAAAUGCUGUCAUCUCUUACGUCUCCCUGGCCUUUUGCUCAGUGGGGUGUCGACCUGCUCGGCCCUUUUAUCAAAGGCAAAGGAGGCUACACUUUUCUGGUCAUCACAGUGGAUUACUUCACUAAGUGGAUAGAAGCUAAACCGCUGUCCACGACAACAGAAAGAAAAAUAGAAGAAUUCCUGUUCAAUUCAAUAUUGUGCAGGUAUUCUUUGCGAAUUAUCGCCGACAAUGGGCCACAGUUUCGAGCAGCAGCGCUGAGAUCGUUUUGUGACGACUAUGGCAUCGAGCUCGCUUUGACGUCCGUGUAUACCCCACAGUCCAACGGGCAAGCCGAGUCCGCCAAUAAAAUCGUCUUGCGAGGCCUCAAAACACGCGUUUUGGCUACGCAUUCUAAUUGGGUUGACGAGCUCGAUAAAGUGCUUUGGUCUUGUCGCACCACACCCAGCUCGGCCACGGGCGAAACCCCUUUCAGCUUGGCCUAUGGAGCUGAAGCCGUCAUCCCAGUAGAGGUUGGAUUGCCAUCCGAUCGAGCAGGCCGGCAUGACGACCUCAACAAUGAGCAACUUUUGAGAGAGAACCUGGACUUUGUAGAAGAGGUCAGGGAGAUGUCUAGAAUAAGAAACGUGGCACAUCAAAACCGCGUUGCAAAAUUUUACAAUAAAAGGGUCCGAGCUCGCCAGUUUCAAGUUGGCGACCUGGUCCUACGUAAAGCUGGAUUAACUAACACUCAUUCGUACAUGGGCAAGCUCGCUCCCAAUUGGGAAGGCCCUUAUAUGGUUGUUCAAGUUAAACGACCUAGUUCUUACGUGUUAGCAGAUAUACAAGGGCGUCAGCUACCUUACAUUUGGAACAUACAGAAUCUUAAAAAAUUUUACAGUUAGCCUGCAUACUAUUCUUUUAUUCAAAUCGUUAUUCGACAGUUGUAAAUAAGGGCACACCGGAAAU